AUGAAGGUCACGAUACGGGAGUGGAACGCGGUCGCUGCCUGGCGCUGGGACAUGCCCGACGACGAUGUGUGCGGUAUUUGCCGGAAUCCCUACGAUAGCACAUGUUCCAAGUGCAAGUUUCCUGGCGACGAGUGUCCGCUAUUGCUUGGCGUAUGCAAUCACUCCUUCCACAUGCACUGCAUCUUCUCAUGGCUGAAACAAGAGAGCUCCCAAGAGAAGUGCCCCAUGUGUAGACAGCCGUUCAAGUCAAAGAGUCAAGAUGCGACGGCGGCCACCGACAACCAAACCCCAGCACAAGCGCCCGAUACCAGUCCCAUUUGA